UAAGUCAUGGUUGACAGAGRUCGAAGGAAGUUGGGCAAUGCUGGUGAAGGCUGGGACGGUUUUCUCGAUAAAAUAACAAAAUUCACCAUCUUUUAACACUCUUACCAACCAAACAACACUAACAGUAGCUACAGUUAUACCUUCAAGUUACCUCAAGCUGUAUUUAACGUCCAAAUCCUGUUUUUGUUUUGAGUAUCUUCGCCAUAUUUGUGACUCACUACGCUGGUUUGAACCUCCAAAUCUCUGAAUCUUGAACAGUCCUUUACUUUUAAYCUCCAGAAAAAAAUACUUCUUAAAGCGUUCAGACCUUUCUAAUGUACAAGAUGCAGACUACUGAGCUAGAUUGUCCCCUUUGUAUGGAACCGUUGGAGAUCGAUGAUGUYAACUUCUAUCCAUGUACUUGUGGAUACCAAGUAUGUAGAUUCUGCUGGCAUCGUAUACGAACAGAUGAAAAUGGAUUAUGCCCGGCUUGUCGGAAGGCUUACAGUGAGGAUCCUGCUGUAUAUACUCCAUUGUCACAAGACGAAAUACAAAGAAUUAUAAAAGAAAGAAAACAAAAAGACACACAGAGAAAACAGAAAUUAACUGAAAACAGAAAACAUUUAGCAAAUGUCAGGGUUGUACAAAAGAAUUUGGUGUUUGUGGUUGGUUUGACGCAGAGACUUGCUGACUCAGAGCUCUUAAAAAGAAAUGAGUACUUUGGAAAGUUUGGGAAAAUUCACAAGAUUGUAAUAAACAAUAGUACUAAUUAUGCUGGUCCACAGGGUCCCAGUGCUAGUGCUUAUAUCACUUACAAUAAAGAAGAGGAUGCUUAUAAGGCUAUUCUUGCUGUUAGUAAUGCUUACUUGGAUGGUCGAACACUUAAAGCUUCCUUGGGAACGACAAAAUACUGCAGUUAUUUUCUCAGAAAUAUACCUUGCCCUAAACAGGAUUGUAUGUACCUACAUGAACUUGGUGAUGAGGUAGCUAGUUUUACUAAAGAAGAGAUGCAAGAAGCAAAACACCAAGAAUAUGAACAACAGCUUCUAGCAAAUUAUGCAAGAAAGAUGGGUAUUAACACUGAUAAGAUUUCCAAGGACUUGUGGUCAGGAACAGAAGGAUCCUCAUUACCAUCAGGAUCUGGUUGGGGYAUAAGAGAUGAUGCUUCAGGGUCUUCUCACUCUGGUUCCCCACACCCGAGAGCCAGUCCACCAGGUUUUGAGAACUACGACCAGAAAGAUAAUGACACCAACUACUGGGACGAAGAAAACUGGGACACGCCCAAUCAACCAACAGUACCKCAACCCAAGGAAAACCAACCAAUUACAGACACAGAAACAGAAAAACAAACGACUUUAAAUACUAAGAAAACAAUACCAACCCAAACAAAAAUACCACAGAAAACUCAGAAUAUAAUAAAAACAAUACCUCCUGCAGUACAACCAACAUUACCACAGUCAAUACCUAAGAAUGUUGGGCAACCAAGACGGGAGGGCUUUGAUGAUACAGGUUGGCCAGUAAGUGCUGCUCCCCAAGUACCUCCAGUUACUGAUCCUCUAUUAGACUAUACCCCUACUGUGAGUACAAAUUUAUUUGAUGGCACCUCAGGAGAAUUUGCUUGUGGCUUGGGCUUGUCAAAUUUACACUUAAAAGUAUCAUCUGAUGAUGAUUUAGGGUUUGACCCAUGGAAUGAAUCAAGCAAGGGUCUGGCAGAUCUCCUGAGAGAAGAAGUAACUCAAACUUCCCCUACCUCCUUUAACCCACACCAGCCUAUCCCUCCUUCUACCAACAGACCAGGUUAUGUUCCACAGAUGAAUCAACAACAGAUACAUGGGCAUACUAAUGCCGACAACAAGGAUGAUUUUAAAAGCUGGCAAGAGGGUUUUAGAGCUUUACUACCAAAUAUAAAUAUAAACUUCUCAGGCUGGCCCAAUACAGAAGGAUAUCAACGUGGCCCAAGUGAAUGGAGUCCAGCGACACAGGAUACAUCRAAUAUACCAACAACAACAACUACUCAAAGACAAGCAGUUCGCCCUCCCCCGGGAUUCGAAGCCAAGAGACCAGAUCCACACAUCCCUAUGGUUGAUGACCCUAGUAUAGUGUGGUCAAAAGUCAUAGGUGGAAAAUCAGACCCUCUACCAAUCGUUCCUGGUAUCAUUACUAAUGGAUACAGUGGGCUGUCUUCUGGUAAUGGUCCUACAGAUCUGCCUGGUGCAGUGGCAGUCCAGUCCCCGGGGAUGCUAAAGAAAUACCAUCAACCUAUACCAAGUAAUAUUCCAGGGAUUCCUGGUCAACCCACCAAGACAAGCAGCUCUCAGAUAAGUAAUACUACUACGAUGCCUAAUGAUCAUAUCGACCCUUCUGUGCUUAAAUUUUUGAAUUUUUUCGGCUCGGCAAAUAAAGUAAAAUCACCAUCCAGUGGCCUUUCUGAUAUAACCAUCGAUGGACCACUGAAUGGGCUUCCUGUGGAUGCUUUCGAAAAUAAAAUAACGGAUUUAGUAAAAGGAAGUGAUGCUAAGCCUAAAGAAGAAGACAAGACUGGAAUAUCAGGCAAAGUACCUCUUGAAAAGGAAACGAAAAUGUCGAAGAAUCCUCCUGGAAAAUCAAAGGCUGGUACCUCCCUAAAGAAACAACCCAGUACCCAGGCUCCAGGCAAGAUACCGGUACAUUCUGACUGCAAGGGGAAUAAGUACCAACCAGGGAAACAGAGAAAGGAAAAUAGAUAUGGAGUUGUCAAGAACAAAACUAAAGUCGAAAAUCUUUGAAUAAAUUGAUUAUGGCUAUUGAGCAAUGAUACAUUCUCAAGCAAUGAAUCAUGAGAAAAAGCCAUGAUUUUUAAAAGCUGCCUUUUGCAAGAAUAUACGCAGUCAAUAGAUCUUUCCUCUUGAGAGCUGAUAUAAACCUAUACCAAGCUGAUAUAAACCUAUUUCAAAAAAGGUUGCCAUAGGAGAUAGGUGGUAGGCGAUAGGUCAUUCCAAGAUGGAAGGAAUCGUGGGCGUACAUCUAAACACUAAUAAUCGAGAUGUUUAAAAUUGUUUUUUCUACCACAAACAACACUGGACAUCUCAACAGUAACCUCCGUGUCUUCUUGACGAAAAUUCUUCGAUUGCACGUUACGUCGUCGCGGCCAUGUUGGUGCCAUUUAACAAAAGAUUUCUCAUUAGCAUCCGUUGUUAACGGCACCACAAUGGCCGCCAUGUUUUUGUCUUUUGACUCUCUUGGGAUUGCUUGCAACCCAUCAAUAAGAAGAAGAAACACAAGUUAUUUCAGCUAUUCUUGGAUCUAGGAAUGAUUUAUCUCCUACUGCCUAUCGCCUUCCAAAAAAAAACUUAAACAAAAAGGUUUAUAUUCAGUGCUAGAACUACACAUAAAAAUAAACUCAAGGGAAUGACGAGAUGCGAGAGCUUAUCGCUAUUCUUGGAUCUUGGAAUGACUCGCUUAUCGCCUACUGCCUAUCGCCUUGGACACCGAAAACUUUUUUUGAAAUAGGUAUAUAUUGUGUAGUAGAACUACACAAGUAUAAUACUCAAGGGAAUGACGGGAUGCGCGAGCUUGUCGUUUUUCUGUCCAUGUUGGUAAAAAAACCAUUACCAUUUUCUUAUAGUUAAAAGAUAAAAAUACAGUCAAAAAGACAUUUACACAUUUAGACAUUUAGACAUUUUUAUUAUGUAUUCUUUGCCUCGUGUGCGUCAGCCUGAACUUUAAAUGUAAAAUUCAACUCGUGAAUCGA